GUGCGGCGGGGGAGGGGGCCGCGCCGCCAUAUUCCCUCCCGUCGGCGGCCCUGCGGCGCAGCCACUAUGAGCACCGCCGCCUUCCACAUCUCCAGCCUCCUGGAGAAGAUGACGUCCAGCGACAAGGACUUCAGGUUCAUGGCCACCAGUGACCUGAUGUCGGAGCUGCAGAAGGACUCCAUCCAGCUGGAUGAGGACAGCGAGCGCAAGGUGGUAAAGAUGCUUCUCAGGCUUCUGGAGGACAAGAACGGGGAGGUGCAGAACCUGGCGGUCAAGUGCCUGGGUCCUCUGGUGGGCAAAGUGAAGGAGUACCAGGUGGAGACCAUCGUCGAUGCCCUCUGUGCCAACAUGCGGUCAGACAAGGAGCAGCUCCGAGACAUCGCUGGCAUCGGCCUCAAGACCGUCCUGUCGGAGCUCCCCCCUGCAGCCACAGGCUCCGGCCUGGCCACCAGUGUGUGCCGGAAGAUCACAGGCCAGCUCACCAGUGCCAUCGCCCAGCAGGAGGACGUGGCUGUGCAGCUGGAAGCCCUGGACAUCCUCUCUGACAUGCUGAGCAGGCUGGGCGCCCCUCUGGGCGCCUUCCACGCCAGCCUCCUGCACUGUCUGCUACCGCAGCUGAGCAGUCCGCGCCUGGCCGUGCGCAAGCGGGCCGUUGGGGCGCUCGGCCACCUGGCGGCCGCCUGCAGCACCGACCUCUUCGUCGAGCUUGCGGACCACCUGCUGGACCGGCUGCCUGGCCCACGCGCGCCCGCCAGCCCCGCGGCGAUCCGCACCCUGAUCCAGUGCCUGGGCAGCGUUGGCCGCCAGGCAGGCCACCGCCUCGGGACCCAUCUGGACCGACUGGUGCCCCUGGUGGAGGAGUUCUGCAACCUGGAUGAUGAUGAGCUUCGAGAGUCCUGCCUCCAGGCCUUUGAGGCCUUCCUGAGGAAGUGCCCCAAGGAGAUGGGCCCCCACGUGCCCAGCGUGACCAGCCUCUGCCUCCAGUACAUAAAGCACGACCCCAACUAUAACUACGACAGUGACGGGGAAGAGGAGCAGAUGGAGACGGAGGAGAGUGAGCUCAGUGAGCAAGAGAGCGAGGACGAGUACAGCGACGACGAUGACAUGAGCUGGAAGGUGCGCCGGGCAGCGGCCAAGUGCCUGGCGGCCCUGAUCAGCUCUCGGCCCGACCUGCUGCCCAACUUCCACCGCACCCUGGCGCCCGUGCUCAUCCGCCGCUUCAGGGAACGCGAGGAGAACGUCAAGGCCGACGUGUUCGGGGCUUACAUCGUGCUGCUGCGGCAGACGCGGCCCCCAAAGGGAUGGCUGGAGGCCGCGGAGGAGCCCACGCAGUCGGGCAGCAACCUCCAGAUGCUGCGAGGACAGGUGCCUCUUGUGAUUAAGGCCCUGCAGAGGCAGCUUAAAGAUCGGAGUGUCAGGGCCCGCCAGGGUUGCUUCAGCCUCCUCACCGAGCUGGCAGGCGUCCUCCCGGGCAGCCUGGCAGAGCACAUGCCCGUGCUGGUGGCAGGCAUCGUCUUCUCGCUGGCGGACCGCUCCAGCUCCUCCACCAUCCGGAUGGAUGCCCUGGCUUUCCUGCAGGGGCUGCUGGGCACAGAGCCGGCUGAGGCCUUCCACCCCCACCUGCCCGCUCUCCUGCCACCUGUGAUGGCCUGCGUGGCUGACCCUUUCUACAAGAUCGCAGCCGAGGCCCUGCUGGUGCUCCAGGAGCUGGUGAGGGCCCUGUGGCCGCUGGAUGGGCCUCGGAUGCUGGACCCUGAACCCUACAUUGGAGAGAUGUCCGCGGCCACCCUGGCACGGCUUCGUGCCACCGACCUGGACCAGGAGGUGAAGGAGCGGGCCAUCUCCUGCAUGGGCCACCUCGUGGGCCACCUGGGUGACCGGCUCGGGGAUAACCUGGAGCCGUCACUCUUGCUCCUCCUGGACCGCCUGCGGAAUGAGAUCACCCGGCUUUCUGCCGUCAAGGCGCUGACACUGGUGGCCGUGUCCCCGCUGCGGAUCGACCUGCAGCCCAUCCUAGCCGAGGCGCUGCCCAUUCUGGCCUCGUUCCUGCGGAAGAACCAGCGGGCGCUGCGGCUGGCUACACUGGCCGCCCUGGCUGCCCUGGCGCAGAGUCAGGGCCUCGGCCUCCCGCCAUCUGCCGUGCAGGCCGUGCUGGCCGAGCUGCCCUCCCUUGUCAGUGAGAGCGACAUGCACGUUGCCCAGCUGGCUGUGGACUUCCUCGCCACUGUGACCCGCUCCCAGCCAGCCUUGUUGGCCGAGGUCAGCGGCCCUGUGCUGGCAGAGCUGCUGCGUUUGCUGCGCUCGCCCCUCCUGCCGGCCGGCGUGCUAGCGGCCGCCGAAGGCUUCCUACAGGCCCUGGUGGGGACCCGGCCGCCGUGCGUGGACUACGCCGAGCUCGUCGGCCUGCUCACGGCGCCCGUUUACGAGCAGGUGGCGGACGGUGGGCCCGGCCUGCACAAGCAGGUGUUCCACUCGCUGGCUCGGUGCGUGGCGGCCCUGGCGGUGGCCUGUCCCCAGGAGGUGGUGGGCACGGCCAACCGCCUGGUCUGUGAUGCCAGGUCGCCCAGCUCGAGCCCAGGGGUCAAGGUCCUGGCGAUCCUGUCGCUGGCCGAGGUGGGCCAGGUGGCUGGACCGGGCCCCCAGCAGGAGCUGAAGGCGGUGCUCCUGGAAGCCUUGGGCUCGCCCAGCGAGGACGUGAGGGCGGCUGCCUCCUACGCGCUGGGCCGCGUGGGCGCGGGGAACCUGCCUGACUUCCUGCCCUUCCUGCUGGGGCAGAUGGAGGCCGAGCCCCGGCGGCGGUACCUGCUGCUACACUCGCUCCGGGAGGCCCUGGGGGCCGCCCAGCCCGACAGCCUGAAGCCCUACGCCGAGGACAUCUGGGCCCUGCUGUUCCAGCGCUGCGAGGGCGCCGAGGAGGGCACCCGGGGGGUGGUGGCCGAGUGCCUCGGGAAGCUGGUCCUCGUGAACCCUCCAUUCCUCCUGCCCCGGUUCCGGAAGCAACUUGCUGCAGGUCAGCCACACACCCGCUGCACUGUCAUCACAGCCGUCAAGUUCCUCGUCUCGGACCGGCCCCACCCCAUCGACCCCAUCCUGAAGACCUUCGUUGGAGAUUUCAUGGAGAGCCUGCAGGACCCAGACCUGAAU